AUGCUUCACGAAAUCCUCCUCUCCCUCUCCGGCCACCCCUCCCCUCUUCUCUCCCCCUCGCCAACAGACACCCAAGCCCAACACCCCCAAUCCCCCCUCUCAUGUCUCACACCGCCCGAACGCUCCCUCCUCACAUCCCUCGCCCGUCUCAGCACCCUGCAUAUUUCCCUGCAAACCUCCUCCGCCCAGCUUGCCUCCUCGCACCCCUCCCUCAUCGCGCGGACUGUUGCGUCGGCAAUCGAUACAGUCCACUUGUCAGCGUUCAGACAGACUGUUUUGGAGGUGGAGAGGAAACUUUUGACGGGGGAUGCGGGGUUGGUGGGGGGGUAUGGGAUUGUGCCGUUGACGGCGGUCGUAGGGGAAUUUGAGGGUUGGGGGAGGAGGUUGGAGUGGUUAGGGGAGGUGGUGGGGUAUUUGGAGAAGGGGGGCCCGAAUGGGGGGUGGGCGAUGGGUGUGGGAGUGAUGAAUUGGUUAAGGGGGCAGAUGGUUACGGGAUUUGGGGACGUGCAGGAGGCGGCGGGGAGGUUAGUUAGCGUGGCCGAGGAGGCGUGGUUGAAGUUGGUCGCGGCGUGGGUGCUUUAUGGAAGAGUGCCGAGUGCCGGGGAGGGUGAUUUUUUUGUCAGGAGGGGGGAAGAAGGAGAUGAGUUCAUGACCGAUCCGACGCUGCUCCCCUCCUUCGUCACCCCCCAUACGGCAUCUUCCAUCCUCUUCAUCGGCCGCUCUUUGAACCAGCUCCGAGCCAAAGCCGUCGCCGACCACACCCUCCGCGGAACAGACCACUUAUCCUCGCAACUCACCAAGCUCUCUUCCCUUCAACACCCCCUUGAUAGCGCGACCUUCUCUGCGGCCAUAGCUGACAUCCGGCUGCACCUCUCCCGCCACACCCUCCAACGUCUCUUACCCCUCCCUCGCGUGCUCGACCUGCUCCAGUUGCUGCGGGACUUUUUCUUGCUAAGGAGAGGCGACUUCGCCAUAGCGCUGACCCAAACUGCAGGUGAGAAAAUGGCCAGCCGCUGGCGCCGGGCCGAUAACCUCGCCAUAUACGAAAACCGAAGGGAAUCUACCGGCUUAGGAGGAGUAACGCUCAAAGAAGGCGAGAUCGCCGCCGUCCUCUCCAAGACCUGGGCUGCGAUGGGCGCCAUGCAAGGGUCCCAGGCCUAUACCGACGAGGACGAGAGCGUCGAGCGAGCAAGGGGGUUGCUCAAGCUUAGCAUCGUCAAGAACCGUCCGGGCACACCAGCUUCUUUUACGGGGGGUGAUGGCGGAAUAUUAGCGGCCAUUGCCUCGACGCCGUUCAAAAACUUGUUAUUUUCCGUGCCCGUCGUCCUGACAAUGGACGUCCCCUCCCCGCUUGAUUUGUUCUUGACCCCGGCCGAUCUGCAGGUGUAUUCGGCGGUUAAUGCUUAUCUUCUGAGUCUGCGCAGGGCGCAUAUUAAGCUGACGGAAUUGUGGAAGAUUAGUGCGCUCCGGAGGCACCAUCCUGCCCCGCCGGGGCCGUCGGACAGAAAUAGGGGACGGACGAGGCUACUCAGGGGGAGAUUUGACGGGCGUGAGAGGGUGCUACGUAAUGUGUGGGCUACCGCGAGCGCGGCUAUCUUCUUCCUCGGUGAGGUAGAAGCUUACCUCCAAACUGAAGUAGUCGACGUCCUAGAAGAGGGCUUCGUGCGCUGGGUCAGAGGCGAAGAGACUACCUCCAGGCCCGGCACUCGCGCAACCUCCCCCUCCCUCUCGCGACGUGGCGACCCCCCCGAAGACGGCCAUGACCACGACCAAGACCCAACCAAAUUCCGCGAUCCCCAAUCCCUCCAAACUUUCCACCACCUCUACCUCACACGCCUUACACACUCUCUUCUGUUAACCUCCCCCCUCUUCACAGAUGCCCUUUAUGAAACACUAGUCCACAUCGACCGCCUCGUCGCGCUAAUCACCCGUCUCCACGCCGUCUGGGCAGCAGCUGAUCUCGAGGAGGAUGCAGGCGUGGUUGAUGCCUUCGUAGACCUAGUCAAGGAAGAGCGAGAUGUGAGAGGAGAACUAGAUGAGGUACAAAAGGAGGUGAGACGCGGUGUAGAGGGGGUUGUUGGCGUGCUGAGGGAUAUGGAGGGGCGAUUUGGGGCAGAAGGGGAUGAGGGGGAGAAGGAAGGAGGGGAGGAUGUGGUUAUGAGGGAGAGGGGGGAGUAUGUACCGGGUCGGGUGGGGGGUGUGGAGAGGUUGGUUAUGAAGUUGGAUUUUGGGAGCUGGUUUCAGGGUGCGGGGACUGGGAAUGGAAUUGGAGGGAAAGGGGUGGGGGAGGAUGAGGAGAUGUUUUAG